CCUCUUAAUAUUAGCUACUUCUCGCUAGUAAAGCGUAAGUAUAGCGACGCUAUUUCAGGCUUAGUACGUAAUUAUAUCUACUAUAUUAGUAAAAAGACAUUGCUACUAUGCCAGUGCACAGGGUUGCGAGCAGCUCUUGUGCCUAUGGUACGGGCCGACUUAAUUAUAGAUAUAAGGAAGAGUAGCAUCGAAGUAGUAUAG